AUGGUAAAAUCCUAUUUACGCUACGAGCCACUAAAGACAUUUGGGAUAAUAUCGAGUUGGUUAUCCAAUAUUGUAUACGAUGAUACCGGUAAACUCGCUAUAUCACCGGCAUUAGAAGAUGUGAUUGUUUGGGACUUAAAAAAGGGCAUCAAAAUUGGAUGCUGGCAUGAUGCAGAUAACAAAUCAGAAGUCACUGUAAUUCAAAAAAGUCCAAAUAAAGUUGAUUAUGCUGUUGGAAUAUGGAACAUAAAGAGCUCAAUGUUGUCAGUUAUUUUUAACGGUCAUCGAGGCUCAGUUACGGCUCUCGUUUUUGAUAAAAAUGGCACACGAUUAGCUUCAGGAUCAAAAGAUACGGAUUUAAUUGUAUGGGAUAUUGUAGGUGAAGUUGGGCUUUACAGAAUGCGUGGUCACAAGGAUCAAAUAACUGCGAUUCGAUUUCUUCAAAGGCCUUUAGAGGGAAGAGAAAAAUCAAAUGAUGAAUCUUCUUUAUCUCCCGGAUUCCUUCUAUCUUCCUCCAAAGAUACACUCUUGAAAUUAUGGGAUUUGAAUACGCAACAUUGCAUUGAAACGGUAGUGGCACAUCGAAAUGAAAUAUGGGAUUUUGAUGUAUCUAAAGAUGAGAGUAUGCUUGUGACUGGAAGCGGAGAUCCUGAAUUAAAAGUUUGGAAGUUAAAUCAACAAGUUUUGGCUAGUGGAAUUCUUGAAUCCGAUGAAGAUGAUAACGAUGAGAAUCAAAAAGUAAUCGUUUUUUAUGGAAAUGUUGCUAGACAAAGUAAAGAGCGAGUCACCACACUAAAAUUUCAUCCGAAUACUAAUUUUUUGGGCGUGCAAGGUCCGGAUAGAUUCAUUGAGAUUUUCCGGUUACGAACACAUGAAGAAAUAAAAAAAAAACUGCAUCGACGUCGUAAGCGCGAAGAAAAAAAGCUUAAAGAAUUAAACAAGAAAAAUGAAGGGGGAAAUUCAGAGACUGCUCCACCUUUGAAAUCAGACAUUAGAGAUGAAAUACAUGCUUCAGAUGAAAUUACUUUACACGAAAUCAUCAGAACUACUGCAAAAGUCCGAUCAUUUGAUUUUGCAUUUAUGGAAGAUACAGCGAAAACGGGAGCUAUACAGCUUCUUGCUUCGUUGAAAAAUAAUAUGCUAGAGGUUUAUAAUUGCUAUAUGCCGUCAAAAAAAGAAGAAAAGCAUCCGCAUACCAAAUUAUUUUCUGUUGAUAUUCAUGGUCAUCGAAAUGAAAUCAGAACAUUGGCAUUGAGUUCUAAUGACGAGCUAUUGUGCUCUGCAUCGAUGGAUAUGCUCAAAGUUUGGAAUGUUAGUACAACCUCUUGCAUCCGCUCAUUGGAAUGUGGCUAUGCAUUAUGCAGCGCAUUUAUUCCUGGUGAUCAAUACAUUGUAAUUGGAACAAAAACCGGGGAACUUGAAUUAUUCGAUAUUGCGUCUUCGACUUUGCUUGAAUCAAUAGAUGCACACGAUGGUGCUAUUUGGUCAUUGCAAGUACAACCAAAUCGGCGAGGUUUGGUGACUGGAAGUGCUGAUAAACUAGUUAAAUUUUGGAAUUUUGAAAUAAUCGAAAAAAAAGAACCUGAUGAGAUAACAACACGAAAUCUCACAUUAGUUCACACUCGUACACUGAAAAUAACGGAUGAUGUACUAUGUGUACGAGUUAGUCCAAACUCAAAAUUGAUUGCUGUAUCGCUAUUGGAUGCAACUGUCAAAGUUUUCUAUCAGGAUUCUUUAAAAUUUUUCUUAUCGUUAUACGGACAUAAAUUACCUGUUUUAUCGAUGGACAUUUCAUCAGAUAAUGCAUUGCUUGUAACAUGUUCUGCCGACAAAAAUGUAAAGAUAUGGGGUCUCGAUUUUGGCGACUGUCAUCGAUCAAUAUUCGCGCAUCAAGAUAGUAUAAUGUCUGUACAAUUUGUUGCCGAUACACAUUAUUUUUUUACAGCUGGCAAAGACAAACUCGUAAAGUACUGGGAUGGUGAUAAAUUUGAAAAUAUAACAAAACUUGAAGGACAUCAUGGAGAAGUUUGGGCUUUGGCAUUAAGUAAAAAAGGUGAAUUUCUUGUAUCUGCAUCACAUGAUCGAUCUAUGAGGAUAUGGGAACAAACCGAUGAGCCGCUUUUCUUGGAAGAAGAAAGAGAAAAGGAAAUGGAAGAAUUAUACGAAUCAACACUGACCACUUCAAUGGAAAAAACGAAUUUGGAGGAUGCGGUGGAAUUAGCAUCUGCAGGGAAACAGACAAUGGAAACUCUUAAAUCCGGCGAAAAAAUUAUGGAAGCAUUGGAGAUUGCUGAUGAAGACAAAAACGCCAUUGAGAAUUAUAAUCAAAUGAAAGCCAAAGGUCAUGCACAUAUAGCAGCACCGCCGAAACGCAAUCCAAUACUAUUAGCUUUAGGGAAUUUGACCGCAGAACAAUAUGUUCUUCGAACAAUAGAGAAAAUAAGGUCUACAGAGUUGGAGGAAUCAUUGUUGGUUCUACCAUUUACAAAAGUGAUUUCCUUGUUAGGGUAUUUGGAUAUAUGGGCAAAAAAGGAAUGGAAUAUUGCCCUCGUAUGUCGGAUAUUAUUUCAUCUUUUACGUGUACACCAUGAUCAAAUAGUCGCGAACCGAAUUAUGAGACCGAUGCUUGAUUCGAUAAGAAUGCAUCUUCGAGCUGCGUUAAAACGGCAGAAAGAUACACUGGGAUAUAAUUUAGCCGCAAUGAAGCACAUUAGGCGUAAUUGGGAAGCUAAUGCCAUUGCAGAAUUCUAUAUGGACGAUAACAAUGUAGAAGGAUCGGAAAAUAUCGACACCAAUUCUGCGAAGAAACGGAAGUUCAUAACUCUGACAACUGAUUGA